ACUUUGAUAAAUAGCCCUACGUAAAGCUUAAAACGAGUGGGGUUUUGCUAGGGCUUGAAGAAAUGGGCGACAUGAUGCCGCCUCCGCCUGCUGUGUUUCGUCCUCCGCCGCCCCCAAUCGCUGCGCUGCACCCGCCAGCUCCGCCGGAUGUCGACGACAAGAAGAAGAUCGUCGCUCCAGCUCGGCCCUACGACAUUCCCGAGUGGAGCCACGCACCGGGUAAACCCUACUUUCUCGAGGUGCUCAAGGAUGGAUCAAUUCUGGAGGAGCUUCCAGUCUCGGAGAAGGGCGCUUACAUGUUUGGGAGGCACGAGAACUGUGAUUUUGCGCUGGAUCAUCCCAGCAUUUCUCGGCACCAUGCUGUUCUUCAGUACAACAGCAAUGGGGAUGCGUUCAUCUUCGACUUGAGCAGCACUCAUGGCACUUUCGUCAACAAGCUAAAGGUAAAAGCUAAAGUUCACGUUCCUGUACACGUUGGAAGUAUCUUUCGCUUCGGUCUCUCUACUCGAAUGUACCUCUUUCAAGGCCCAGAAGAACUUAUGCCUCAGGAAGGGUUGUCACGGAAAGACCGGCAGAUAAUGAGGCAGCUUGAAGCUCAGCAGUCGAAAGAGGAGGAAGAGGCCUCUCUUUUAAGAGCACGAGCUGAUGCUGCAGCCGAGCAAGGGGCAUCGUGGGGAAUGGGAGAAGACGCUGUUGAUGAAGAAGCUGUGGAAGACGAUUUGACAUGGCAAUCGUACAAGGGGCAGUUGACGGAAAAGCAACAGAAAACCAUGGAACAAAUCCAAAAACGCAACGAUAAGCUUACGAACCUGAAAAAGGAAAUUGAUGCAAUCCAAGCUAAAGAAGCUGCACAGGGAGGCCUCACUCAAGGACAGCAAACACAAGUAACCCGAAAUGAAAAGAGGAUUGAAGAGCUCCUGGAGCAGCUUGAAAAUCUUGAGGAAACUCUAAACGACAGCAUAAAGGAGAGUGUCUUCGGAAUAACAGGCGUUAAACGGAAAACUAAAAACUUUGAGGGGGAGGAAGAAGAUGAUUUAAGCGACGACGACUUUUAUGACCGGACGAAAAAGAAACAUAAGAAGGACACGGAGGCUCAGAGCGCAGCCUCUCUUCUGGAAAAGCUUGAUCAGCUAGCGAAAGAGAUGGAGGAAGUGCGCUUAAAACUCAUUGGAGAAGGAAAGAAACCUAUGCCUUCCAGUCAUGAGGAAGGUUCUGACGACCCCUUGGAUGCUUAUAUGAGUAACGUUUCUACUGAAUUAGUUGAAGAUGGUGCCACACGGUUGAGAACGGAGCUGGACAGGCUUCAGGCUGAAACAGAUAAAGUGUCUACGCUCUUGAAAGUUGCAGAUCCCACCGGGGAAAUCACCAAAAAAUGGAAAACCAAAGGUGACGAAAGCUCCCAGCCUUCUGAAGUGCCACCUGAAAAGAGCGGCACUACUUUGGACGCUAACAAACCCGACCAAGAAGCUGGCGUAAUCUCCGACAGCGUUAUUUGGAUCGGCGCUCCCCGGCCUCAGGAGCCAGCCGAAGAGCCCGCAUCUGAACGCGCGGAAGCUGCCGAAGAGGACGCUGCUGCGGAGGACAAGUUUGUGCCUUACAAAGAAUGGAAGGAGAGUUUGCAACGGCAUAAUCCAACAUCAUUGCUGCCAGGCGGGCGUGAAGAUGCUGAGAAAGUCUCGGAGGACGCUGUGGCCAACGACAUCGCGCUGCUGCUAAGACACAAGAAGGGAUUGACGAGCAGCCCCGAAGCGACCGAGCGCGAGGAGGAAACAGCUGCAGAAGCUCCUCCAACAAAGACGAAGAGUAAAAAGAAGAAAGCCAAGGAGAAGCGGACGCUGGGUCCUGAGCGUCCAAAGUUCAUGGCCGAUGAAGAGACGGAAUUUGAGUCGUGGGUCCCUCCUGUCGGACAAACGGGCGAUGGUAGAACAUCGCUGAACGAGAAAUAUGGCUACUAGCUAGGUGAACUUGCUGAGAAUUCUCUGUACAGUGAUACUGACAAGGUUUUUUAAAUGCUUUCCUGAGGAAGAAACUUGAGUUCUUUCUAGGGUUCUACCA